AUGUCAAUAAAGGGGCUCUCCAUAGAGAACGACUUGCCGCUGCUGUUCAGCCUAAUGGGCCUGAUCAACACGCUGCUAGAGAUACCUGGACCACGUCUCAACCAUGGAACUGACGUCGUUCUCGGUCACCGUGAAGGUGUAGCCUAUGCACCUCCCCUUCCAGUUGCCAGUCAUCUACAACAAGCCCGAGCAGCUCGACAUGAUGUCCUGCGCGAUCUCGAUGAUCCUCGUGGCCAUGAUCCUGACGCAGACCCCGGUGCAGAAGAUCCUCACCUUCCCGGCCGCCUUCGACUGCGGUGUGUAGUACGGGUCCAAGAACCCCCUAUGGCACGGGUCCGGCCUGUGGUCCUCGUCGGCGAUCUCGGUCCUGUCGUCGUCUCCGUCGCGGACUCAAUCGACACCAGGUUGUUGACCUCGAUCAACCCGGGGGUCGUGUACGCGCAUGUGAUCGUCUCCAGGGGCUUGUACAUGGUCUUCCAGAACUCGCUCCCCGACGAGUAG